GUCCGGGUGUUCACAGGGGAACUCCGCAGAGCAGCAUCACAGGAGGACAGACCAGGAGCACUGUCCUCUAAGAAAGAGGAGACCCUGGAGCUCCAGACCUCAGGCCAGGAGUCCAGCCCUAGGUCUGGAGUGAGGGACUGGCCAGACAGAGCUGCUCCUGUCCUGACAGAUGGCAGAGGCAGAAGCUGUGCAGCUGAAGGAGGAAGGGAAUCGGCAUUUCCAGCUCCAGGACUACAAGGCUGCAACGAAGAGCUACAGCCAGGCCCUGAAGCUGACCAAGGAUAAGGCCCUGCUGGCCACACUCUAUAGGAACCGGGCAGCCUGUGGCCUGAAAACGGAGAGCUACGUUCAGGCGGCUUCAGAUGCCUCAAGAGCUAUUGACAUCAACUCCUCGGACAUCAAGGCUCUGUAUCGGCGAUGCCAGGCACUGGAGCACCUGGGAAAGUUGGAUCAGGCCUUCAAGGAUGUGCAGCGCUGUGCUACCCUCGAGCCACGGAACCAAAACUUCCAGGAGACGCUGAGGAGGCUCAACACCAGCAUCCAAGAGAAGCUCCGUGUGCAGUUUUCCACGGACUCCAGGGUACAGAAGAUGUUCGAGAUCCUCCUGGAUGAAAGCAGUGAUGCUGACAAGUUGGAGAAGGCCGCCAACAACCUCAUCGUCCUAGGGCGAGAAGAAGCAGGGGCUGAGAGGAUCUUCCAAAACAAUGGAGUGGCCCUGCUGCUGCAGCUUGUGGACACCAAGAGGCCUGAACUGGUGCUAGCUGCUGUGCGGACCCUGUCGGGCAUGUGUAGUGGCCACCGAGCUCGGGCCACAGUGAUUCUCCAUGCGGUCCGGAUAGACAGAAUAUGUAGCCUCAUGGCAGUGGAGAAUGAGGAGAUGUCUCUGGCCGUCUGCAACCUGCUCCAGGCCGUCAUUGAUUCUCUGGCAGGGGAGGACAAACAAGAACAUCGAGGGAAGGAAGAAGCCCUGGUUCUAGACACCAAGAAGGACCUGAAGCAGAUCACCAGCCACCUGCUCGACAUGCUGGUCAGUAAGAAAGUGUCUGGCCAGGGCAGGGAUCAAGCCCUGAAUCUGCUCAAUAAGAAUGUCCCCAGGAAGGACCUUGCCAUUCACGACAACUCGCGUACCAUCUAUGUGGUGGAUAACGGCCUGAGGAAGAUCUUGAAGGUGGUGGGGCAGGUUCCAGAUCUGCCAUCCUGCCUGCCUCUGACUGACAACACCCGAAUGCUGGCUUCCGUCCUCAUCAACAAGCUCUACGAUGACCUGCGCUGUGACCCAGAGCGCGAUCACUUCCGCAAGAUCUGUGAGGAAUACAUCACGGGUAAGUUUGACCCCCAGGACAUGGACAAGAACGUGAUUGCCAUUCAGACAGUGUCAGGGAUCCUGCAAGGCCCCUUUGAUCUGGGCAAUCAGCUGUUGGGAAUGAAAGGUGUGAUGGAGAUGAUGGUAGCGCUGUGCGGCUCCGAGCGGGAGGUAGACCAGCUGGUGGCCGUGGAGGCCCUCAUCCACGCAUCCACCAAGCUCAGCCGCGCCACCUUCAUCAUCACCAAUGGCGUGUCACUGCUCAAAGAGAUCUACAAGACCACCAAAAACGAGAAGAUUAAGAUCCGCACACUGGUGGGACUCUGUAAGCUGGGCUCCGCAGGGGGCACGGACUAUGGCCUCAGGCAGUUUGCUGAAGGGUCCACGGAGAAGCUGGCCAAACAGUGUCGCAAGUGGCUGUGCAAUGCGUCCAUAGAUACCCGGACCCGGCGAUGGGCAGUGGAGGGCCUGGCCUACCUCACCCUGGAUGCCGACGUGAAAGACGACUUUGUCCAGGACAUCCCCGCCCUGCAGGCCAUGUUUGAGCUGGCUAAGGCAAGUACGGCUGACAAGACCAUCCUGUACUCCGUGGCCACCACCCUGGUGAACUGUACCAACAGCUAUGAUGUCAAGGAGGUCAUCCCGGAGCUGGUGCAGCUCGCCAAGUUCUCCAAGCAGCACGUGCCCGAGGAGCACCCUAAGGACAAGAAGGACUUUAUAGACAUGCGUGUGAAACGGCUUCUGAAGGCUGGUGUCACCUCUGCACUGGCCUGCAUGGUGAAAGCGGACAAUGCCAUCCUCACUGACCAGACCAAAGAGCUGCUGGCCAGGGUAUUCCUGGCACUGUGUGAUAACCCAAAAGAUCGAGGAACUAUUGUGGCUCAAGGUGGUGGCAAGGCACUUAUUCCCCUGGCUUUGGAGGGCACGGACGUGGGCAAGGUGAAGGCAGCCCAUGCCCUGGCAAAGAUCGCCGCUGUCUCUAAUCCGGAUAUCGCCUUUCCAGGGGAGCGGGUGUAUGAGGUGGUGCGGCCCCUCGUGAGUCUCCUGGACACACAGAGGGAUGGGCUCCAGAACUACGAGGCUCUCCUGGGCCUCACCAAUCUGUCUGGGCGGAGUGACAAACUCCGGCAGAAGAUCUUUAAAGAGAAAGCCUUGCCAGACAUUGAGAACUACAUGUUUGAGAAUCACGACCAGCUGCGACAGGCGGCCACUGAAUGCAUGUGCAACAUGGUGGUGAACAAGGAGGUACAGGAGAGGUUCCUGGCUGAUGGGAAUGACCGGCUGAAGCUGGUGGUGCUGCUCUGUGGGGAGGAUGAUGACAAGGUGCAGAACGCAGCCGCAGGGGCGCUGGCCAUGCUGACAGCAGCACAUAAGAAACUGUGCCUCAAGAUGACCCAAGUGACAACUCAGUGGUUGGAGAUCCUCCAGCGGCUUUGCCUGCACGACCGACUAUCAGUCCAACACCGGGGCCUGGUCAUUGCCUACAACCUGCUGGCAGCCGAUGCUGAGCUGGCCAAGAAGCUGGUGGAGAGUGAGCUGCUAGAGAUCCUGACUGUAGUGGGCAAACAAGAGCCAGAUGAGAAGAAGGCUGAAGUGGUUCAGACAGCCCGGGAAUGUCUCAUCAAGUGCAUGGAUUAUGGUUUCAUUAAACCAGUGUCUUAGACAGGGGCCCACAGGGAUGCUGGGGCUGGUCCUGUACUAUGAAAAGUCCUAAGCUGGGAACUCAAGAAGUGUCAGUUCAGCUAGAGAUCUUAGAAGUAACAAUGAAGUCUCCAUAUAAAAGAAAGACUUGAGUGUCCCCUGAGUUGUCGACCUUCCCCUUUGCCCUAGGAAAGUUUGGAUGUUUCAUUGGUUCUCUUGCUCCCUGUCUCCUUUACAUCUGUCAUGUUCCAGAAAUUCUUAGAAUAAUUUUCAUCUGUGAUUUGGAAGACAAGUUGGAUAAUUCAUUCUGUACCCAUUCCAAAGGCCAGGAUAAUGGGCUGAAUUCUUUGUAUUUUGGAAAAUGGAUUGUGUGGUAAGGUAGGAUCUAACAGGUGUAUGAAUAUAAAGGUUAGUGUUAUUGUAUCUACAUGUUGAGCUGUGCUGGUUUUCAGAGACAGAACACUUUUCAUUAUAGCUCCCUAAAUGGAAGUAACCCCAAUGUCCAAAGAAAAUGGAUAAAUUGGCAUUACUGAAAUUGCAAUUUCCUCCAAGGAAUGGCAUCCAUCUGGCCUCCUUGUAUUUAGGAAACAUUAAGGAUUCUGGGCCGGAAAGUGGGCAGUGGUGAAAUGAAGAAACUUCUGUACAUUGGGGUUCCAAGGCAGAUUGGAGGGAGGGUGCUGUGAGAGCAUCAGCUGGACUAAAUUGCCUGGGAGCCCCCACUAUGUGUGUAGUCUGCAGGAGGCAUGGGUUCUAUCAGCUUUCAGAGUGCAGCCUGCUCCCCUGCCCUUUGUCUUUGCCUUCUUGGGCCCCUUGGAGUUCUGGCAGGGCACCUGGCACCGAACCUGGCACCACAGGAGUGCCCAGGAAAUACUUGCUUGAUUUUGUUUUCCCUGAGCUCCCACACCAGUGCCUUUCACCAUCUAUAGUCAAAUCCCAGCUCCCUGGAGGGGCUAGGAAACUCUGCCUUUGACAUAUUCACUUUAAGAAUUUCAGCAAUGGGAACCCCGGGUGGCACAGUGGUUUGGUGCCUGCCUUUGGCCCAGGGCGCGAUCCUGGAGACCUGGGAUCGAAUCCCAUGUCGGGCUCCUGGUGCAUGGAGCCUGCUUCUCCCUCUGCCUAUGUCUCUGCCUCUCUCUCUCUCUCUCUGUGACUAUCAUAAAUAAAUAAAAAAAUU